UGUUAUAAUUUUUAUGAACUACCUGAUAUUUUGGUUUUAUUCUGGCUUUUACUAAAUACCUACUUUGUGCAGAUUGUAAUUAUGAAAAUUAUAUUCUAUAUGGGCAAUUAUUGUCAACUGUCAACCCUCAUAAGUAAAAGUCAAAACAUAGUUAACCUUUUCGUUCUUCCGUCAGAUUUGUUUUUGUGAAGAUAUUUCAUGUUAUAUCCGUGAUAUCUGAUAUAUUCUGCAAAUUUCAUAAUAUUGAAACUCUUAAAUCAAUUAACUGGAUAUACAACCGACAUGAUAAAACGUCCCAAACCAGGCGAGGAUGAGGACGAUAUCCUCAAAAUGCAAGAAGAGUUCCUUCGGGAGAAAAAUAAAAACGAAAACUGGCAACCGGCAGCUCAAGUGGUCAAUCUGCGACCUACGGAACCAACGAAACGCCCAACUACUGAACCGGCUACACGGAAACCAUCUAAAUACGCAAAAGCUAAGGGUCUUGGGAACACGGAGAAAAGAGUUACCUUUGACUCAGCAAAUGCAGUUUUGGGUGAUAUAUUGGAAAAGAAUGUAGACGAACCUAAGAAAGAGGUAGAAGAUGAUAAAGUGUACUAUCCUAAAGUGAUUCCUUCUGUUUUGGGCAAUAUUGUAGAAAAAAAUAUUGAUUAUUUUGAUUUAGAGUUCAAGCCAAUGCCUUCUCAGGGAUUUCCUGUUGCAACAAAGCGCGAUUCUAAAGCACAAGCACUAGAUAAAACAAUUAAAAAACAAAAUGAACCUACAGAAAUGGAUAUAGACAUACCAUCUACUAGUAAAACUGUUUCAGAAUCGAAUAAACUCAACCUACCUGCUAAAAGUUAUGUAGUAACAUCCAAAGAAGCUGAGAAAAUUCAUACUGAAAAUGUUAGAGUUCU